CUGGAAGACAUACACAGAAGAAGGAAGCAAAGGAAAGCAAGGCUGCAAUGUACGCGACCAAGUCCCUGUCCCUCUUCAAGAGCCAACCGGAGGCAGCAUCCCGACCGCCGCCGGAGGGCCGGAACUCAGGCUACCUCGUGGUGAAGGGCGACGAGGACGGGGACGACGACGAGACGUGCUGCUGGGGGCACUGCGGCGGGACGCGCGUGCGGGACCUCCCGUUCCCGCAGGACCGCGUCCUCACGCUGCGCUAUACGGAGCACCACGGGCAGAACAGCAGAACCUACACUGACUCCGUCGUCUUCGUUCCCGUCCCCGACGCGCCCCUCGCCUCCAACCGCUACUACGCCGUCGUCGCCACGGGGAAGCGCAAGGGGCUCGUCAGGACGUGCUCCAGCGAGGAGGACAUGACCCCGUGCUGCUUCUGCCGCUGCAUCAGCGACGUGGAGCCGCGCCCGUUCGACCCGGCUGACGUCUACCAGCAGAUCGAGAUCGUCCAGCGCCGUCGCGGGCGGUUCACGGCCAGGGCCGUGGCGGCCGACGGCUUCCCGCACUUCCUCUACCGAAAGAAGUACUGGCGGGUGUACGCCUCAAAGGCCAAGAACCACUUCGACCUCGGCGACGCACCGGGCAUCAACGCGGCGCUCCGGUCGCGCCAGCUCGCCGACGCGAGCCUCCCGACGGCGAUGUCAACGGCUGUCGGGAAAUGGUACUGCCCGUUCUAUCUCGUCAAAGAAGACGGCGUGUCCCCGUCGGAGCAGAUGGACCGCGGCCCCUUCUACGAGGUGGCGCUGGAGCAGCGCUGGGAGCAGAUCCACGUCGGCUCGAAUCUGCACAGCACGAGGGUGCUCUUUGGCGGGAGCCUGGAGGCGAGGCAGGUGGUGUCGAGCGGCGCCGAGCGGCACGGCGACGGCUACGUGUGGUUCAGGGCAGCGGCCGGGCAGAGCGUGGGUGUGUGCGCGAGCGUGUGGGAGAGGAUGAGGUGGGAGGAGUACAGGGGCGGGUGGGUCGAGGAGGAGGAGGAGGCCGGGAAGGUGGCCGGCCGGUCGGUGCUGGUGGAGAGGUUCGUGGUCAAGAGGAUGGACGGGAGCGUCGUGGUAGCCUUUGACUUUGUGCACCUCAACAAGGUCAGAGGAAAGCAGGAGUGAUAUCACUUACUGCAGAAGCGCAGAGUAUGCACCCGUUAGAAUAUCUUCAGCUAAUUUUGUGUGAUAGUACUAGUACAUAUUUUUUUUCCGAAAGUUGUUUGUUGUUCCAAAAAAAGAGUAUUUUUCAGAUAUUCAUCCUAUUUUUUGAGGAAUUUAUUUGUAUGUGAAAAAGGAGUAAGAUUUAUGUUUUUGUGUACAUAAAUUCAGCAAUGUAUUGUCACCUACAUGUCCGAUUUCGGGAACAAUGUGUCAUUUGGGUUGCCUGGACAUCAUUUUCUCAA